AUGAUUCUCGUCCCAUUGGGCCCUUAUGAGUGUUCAUGGCCCAAUGUGGGAGAUGCCAUACAAAUCCUUGGACAACGGACGAAUCAUGCUUACAUAGAAUCGAUUCUUAACCUUUCCGAUUAUUACAACAUACCAGAGUACAAUUGUCCUGAAUUGGAUAAACAUAAAAAAGUUUUAGAGAACGAUUUCUACAUCGAUGUCGGCCUUAAUUUUGUUACAAAACCACUUCCGGAUACAAUUACCAUACCAACCUGUUGGUUUCAUUUUACUUCUAAAGAACAACUCACACAACUCGGAGAAAAUGCAUUGUAUUUUCCAGAUUUUAUCGAGAUGCUGUCCAAGAUCAUAAACUACACAAAACACGAUGGACAACCCUAUGUUCUUGUUAUCCUCACUUAUAGCAGUGGAAAUGAAAUCCCAAUAAAUCUAUGGAAAGAAUGCUUAACCAAUCCAAUAAAAUUCAUUCACAGUCUGCUUCCUCCAUCUCCUGCUAUGACAAUAGUAGUGGUUACAAAUCUAAAACCUUCUAUUUCUGCCGGAAGAAUACGUCACGGAUCAUCAUAUGCUACUCAUGUAUAUGUAAAUCCGCAGAUCCUUGAGACAACUUCACUUAUGAAGCUGUUCAGUGGGCCACUUCAUCCAUUAUCAACACCUUCAGGAAUCCCAACAACCUUAAAGGACAUCAGACAAAAAAACGCGAUCGGAACUCCUGGUAAAGAUGCAUAA